CGCUUCCCAGGCAGAGUGGCAGACCCGCGGGCAGUGAGAGACACCGCAUUGUACAACACAGGACGACCCCACACUGACUGCUGGGAAUCAAAGGCACCGUUACUGCAGCUUCUUCUUCAUCCACAAACAAGUAUCACAGGUGCUAGCCCUCGUGGUUUCCCUAGUUCCAUCAACUUAUUUGUCCCUAUGUGUUGUAACAUCAUGGUUCCACCCAUGAGCACAGGAUUAGUGAUGCACCUUCUCAUCUCUGCUCUCAAUACUCAAGUGUGACUCUUAAUACUUCUGAGCUUGACUCUUCUCAGCUGUUUUCCCCAUGGCUCUCCCUUGGAUCACAGCAUUUCUGGCUGGCUUGUUAGCCCUGCAUUUUCUACAAAGGAGAUUUUUCCCUUAUUUUUGGGCUGACCUCAUAUACUUCCUGAAAGUAGUGCGAUAUGGACUUCGGAUCGAGACGUACAAAAGGACAGGCAGCGUCGUGACCGUGGUCGAAAACUUUAUACAGCAAGCCAAACGGGUGCCAAACAAACCCUUCCUAAUAUUUCAGGAACAGGUGCAUACAUACCGAGAUGUGGAUAAAAGGAGCAAUCAGGUGGCUCAGGUGUUCAUGAAGUAUUCACCACUGAAAAAGGAGGAUACGGUAGCUAUGCUUAUGAGCAACGAGCCAGACUUUGUGAAUGUAUGGUUUGGCUUGGCCAAGCUUGGCUUUCGGGUUGCAUUUCUGAACUACAACGUUCGCUCCAGGUCGCUGUUGCAUUGCUUCCACAGUUGUGGAGCGAAGAUGCUGGUUGUGGGAGCAGAUAUGCUAGAAACACUAGAGGAAAUCCUCCCGAAUUUAAAGGAAGAUAACAUCAGUGUGUGGGUAAUGGCGAAAGAAGUUUCAAUCCCAGAUGUAAAUACUAUUAUGGACAAACUGGAACUUGUAACAGAUGAGCCAGUACCGAAGCACUUGCGUCAUGUAACCAGCAUCAGAGCUGCAACUCUUUAUAUUUUCACUUCUGGGACUACAGGUCUUCCCAAGGCUGCCCUUAUUAGCCAAUUACAAACACUAAAAGGUGCAGCUGGCAUCUGGGCGUUUGGUGGCAGAGAAGAUGACAUUGUUUAUAUAACCCUUCCACUUUACCAUAGUGCAGCCUCUCUCAUUGGAAUAGGUGGAUGCAUUUAUCUGGGUGCUACUUGUGUCCUAAAAAAAAAAUUUUCAGCAAGCCAGUUUUGGAUUGACUGUAAAAAACAUAAUGUUACAGUUUUUCAGUAUAUUGGAGAACUAUGUCGUUAUUUGUGUAACCAGCCUUUGAAAGAAGAGGAAAAGAAUCACAAAGUCCGUAUGGCAGUCGGAAAUGGUGUACGUAGUGACGUAUGGAAAGAAUUCAUCAGAAGAUUUGGGGAUAUAAAGAUGUGUGAGCUCUAUGGUGCUACUGAAGGAAACAUUUGUUUUAUGAAUCACACCGGAAAAAUUGGAUCUGUUGGGCGAUCAAAUAUUUUUUACAAGCUGCUGUUUCCAUUUGAAUUGAUAAAAUACGACAUUCAAAAAGAUGAGCCAAUUAUUAAUAAGCACGGCUGGUGUGAACGUGUUAAAAAAGGGGAAACCGGGCUUUUAAUAUCAAAGGUAAACCAAAACAACCCUUUCUUCGGCUAUGCGGGAAAUAAAAACCACACAACAAAAAAGCUGUUAUGCAACGUCUUCAGAAAAGGGGAUGUUUAUUUUAACACCGGUGAUUUGAUGGUCCAGGAUCAUGAAAAUUUUCUUUAUUUUCGGGACAGGAUUGGCGACACCUUCAGGUGGAAAGGAGAAAAUGUUGCUACUACCGAAGUAGCCGACAUUAUUGGAAUGCUGAACUUCAUCCAAGAAGCCAAUAUAUACGGGGUGGCCAUUCCAGAACAUGAAGGAAAAGUGGGGAUGGCAUCCAUCAUAUUAAAACCGGAGGAAACAUUAGAUGUUAAGGGCAUUUAUGAGCAAAUUGUGACAUACCUACCUGGCUAUGCUCGUCCUCGAUUUCUAAGACUACAGGACAAUAUGGAGAUGACUGGAACAUUCAAACAGCAAAAAUUCCGUCUUGUGGAACAAGGAUUUAAUCCAUCAGUAGUGCCCGAUCCACUUUAUUUCUUAGAUGAUUCUGAAAAAUCCUAUGUCCCAUUGACCAAAGACAUUUAUGAAAAAAUCCUGAGCGGGCAGAUAAAACUCUAGUUAUCCAAGUUCAUGUGGAUUUCUGGGACAUUUAGCAAUAGUGCGAGUUCUAACAGUAGUUCCAUCCAUUUUAAUGUGACCUUUAACAGCAGCUAUCCCAGUACAAUGAAUAGAUGGAUGUACUUGCUGGGGACGAUAGAUUAUCUCCAGUUUAAAGCUAAAGCCUUAAGGUCCCCAUAGACGCAAAGAUUUUUCUUUGCUGAAUGACCGAUUUUAGCAAAAUCCGACCAAUCCGUCAAAUUAUCGGGAAAUUAGUGGGAAUCAUUCCCAGUGCAAUCUAUCUAUGUUUGUAGGGCCAAGACAGCAGCUACCCUCAGUUUUCCUGGCAAUAUCGCCUGAAAUGGUCUUUUUAGUUGAUGGACAAAUCGUACAUUUAUAUGAUCGUUUCGAGAUAAUCGUGGUCUCAUGAUAACAAAAAGAUCUUUUAAAGAUCUUUACAUCUAUGGCCAGCUUUACUCAUAACAAUAUCUCACAACUGAGAAACAUUCUACUGUGCAGAUUACAGCUGGUUUUUAGGCAGGAGUGAUUGGCACGUGUUUAUUCCAUUUUUCUCUACAACUUCAUGAAUGUAUGGUUUUUCAAUAGCCAUGGUUAACAGCUUAAAGCUACAGCAUCUGUGAAUCCUACUUUUAUCUAAUACUCAUUCCUCAGAAAUGCCUAGAAAGGCAGUCAAAAAAAAAAACACCAUUAAUGUGGUUGAAAAGUCGUCCAUAUAAAGUACAUUAAUACGUGUAUUAAUUUUUUUUAACCAUUGUGAUAUCUGUCAUCUGUGCAUCUUGUAGUAGUUCAGCCACAUUUAGAGGCCUUUUGAUUGAAAUUCCAAUUUGUGAAGUUUUUUUUCUAAACAAAAAUUUACAAAACUCAAAAUGUUUGCUUAUUAAUAAAGCCUAUAAAACUAUGAAAAAAA